CUGACUCUAGCCCCGCCCCCCCCUUCGCCCGACCGCCCAAUGAGCGGCCGGGAGCGUUUUUGAACCGCAAGUCGAGGCCCCCGAUUGGCCGAACCGCCCCCGGCUGGGCGCCGCCGGUCUCCGCCAUUGGCCGGUGCCCUGAGAGCGCGCGGCCUGUCAGCGCCCGCGGGAGGCCGGCUGGGCAGAGCGAGCGGAGCGCGCGAGCCCCGGAAAUGGCCUACAAGGAGAACGUGACCCCCGGGGCCAAGUAUGGGGUGCUGAGCGGGCCGGGCCCCCAGCGAGUCCCCCGGAAGGAUCCCUACGUGCCCAGCGGCACCCCCUCCGAGUCGCUGCUGGCCCAGAGGGCCAUGGCCAGCGCCAAUAAGAUUAUCCUGAAGUCCUCCAGCGUCCACAAGCCAGCCGUCGCGGGCAGGGUGCCCGCCGAACCCAGCUCCGGCGCCCCGGCGGCUCAACUCGCCCCCCCGCGAGUGUUCACCAUCAACGACUUCGAGAUCGGGCGCCCGCUGGGCAAGGGGAAAUUCGGGAACGUCUACCUGGCGCGGGAGCGGGCGUCCCGCUUCAUCGUGGCGCUCAAGGUGCUCUUCAAGUCGCAGAUGGAGAAGGAGGGCGUGGAGCACCAGCUGCGGCGGGAGAUCGAGAUCCAGUCCCAUCUCCAACACCCCAACAUCCUGCGCUUCUACAACUAUUUCCACGACAAGAAGCGGGUCUACCUGAUCCUGGAGUACGCGCCCCGCGGCGAGCUCUACAAGGAGCUGCAGAAGUGCCGGCAGUUCGACGAGCAGAAGACCGCCACGUUCAUGGAGGAGCUCGCCGACGCGCUCCUCUACUGCCACGCCAAGAAGGUGAUUCACCGCGACAUCAAGCCGGAAAACCUCCUCAUGGGUCUGAAGGGCGAGCUGAAGAUCGCCGACUUCGGCUGGUCCGUGCACGCGCCCUCGCUCAGGCGGAGGACCAUGUGCGGCACCCUGGAUUACCUGCCGCCCGAGAUGAUCGAGGGCAAGACCCACGACGAGAAGGUGGAUCUGUGGUGCAUCGGGGUCCUGUGCUACGAGCUGCUGGUGGGGCAGCCGCCCUUCGAGAGCUCCACCCACACGGAGACGUAUCGCCGCAUCACCAAGAACCGGCUGACUGCCAAACUGCGGAGGGCCUCUCAGUCACCAGUCGCCAGGGUCCCCCAUCGCCAGGCCGUCGUCCGGGGACCCCGGCUGCUAGGCGAGGUCACGCCUGGUCCUCUGCGCCAAGAAACCCUCUUCCCACCACCUCGUUAA